AACAGGAAGUCUAUGGGGAAGUGGAUGUCAUUCUGAGUUUUCAUACAGUGCUCUAGCGAAUCCGGGGUGUUGUUUUUUUUUUUUUUUUUUUUGUAUUCUUUGAAAAUGUUGGUAGAAUUUUGAGUAAUUCUUCCACAACUUUAUUUGAAACUGAGUGAAUCUAUCACUAAGAAAUUGUCUGUUUUGGGUUCUUAUUUGUUUUAUUUUUCGUGGUUUGGCACCGGUCUCCUCGUGUUCUUGGUGGACAUAGCGUCAGACACAGUGUGAAUCCACUGUGAGAGUGGCAAUUUUUUCAAUGCUUGAAGUUAUCUGGAAUUUGAUAUUAAUAAGCAAGUGUAGUAAAUUUGGAACAAUGAGUUUUGAUAGUAUUCCAUCCAAAUCGGAGGUUCUGAGCUGGGAUUCACAUCGGUUAGCAGACUUUCUGAAGAAACGGAAUCUGACUGGAUGUGACAAGGUCAUAACAAGACAUAACAUCAGUGGACAAAGGUUCCUGAGUAUGACUGAAAAUGACCUUCAAAAGUUCCCUAAGCUUCAUGCGCCGAUCAUCUCCAAGAUUUGUCAGGAAAUCAACAAAGAGAAGAAGAGGUUCUUUCCACCUAUUCCAGCAAUAAGGCCAUCACAACCAGUUCCCAGCUUCCCACAACCACCAGCUGACCAAUUUGAGGAUGAAGCGUGGGGCUCUGAAGAGUUUGAAGAUGACGAUGACUACGAGGAUCCUAAUUCAGAAGAUGAUGAUGCUAGCGGUGGAGACUAUGAGUCCCCAGAGGGGUCAGACAGUGAUAAUGGCUAUGAGCCUCCUCCAACUGAGCCUAAAGAAGACACGGCCCAGAUCUGUCCUGCUAAACCCAUGGAAAACAGCGAUUAUAUUGAUAAUAACCGCACACGUGGAGCGAGCAGAAGCCAACCACCUGUGCCACCGGAGCGCCCGGGCCCCGGACCCUCUCUCCCUCCUGUGGAGCGGCCAAGUGCUGGGCAACAUCUGAGAGAAGAGCGGCCCCUAAAAAGACCGCCAGCACCUGCUGUGGACCGCAGCACAAAGCCAGGAACUCUGGAAAGAAACCACCCUCCACCUGUAGCAGGUGGAAGGGGCACUAGCUCGCUUGACAGAGCUAUCCAUCCACCAAGAAGCGGUGCUCCUCUUCCUCUCAGACCCCCUGCAGUGGAGUUGCCAGGAGACCCAAUGAGAAUUCCCAAACCCUCACUUCCUCCAUCAGGGGUGCGCAGAAGUGCCUCCUCCGUAACACCAGGCUACUCUCAAAACAGACAUCUUGACCAAAGAAACGAGUUUCACGAUGACACUGCCAGGCAAAGCUCCAACACAUUUCCAUUGCACGCCAGGAAUCCAUCACCAAGACCGCCAGGAACCCACGGACAGUCUUUUCAAACAGAGAACGUUAACCCCAGUCGAUCACUACCGGCAAAACUGCAGGAGGCAAUGAGCGAUCACCGGAGAAGUGCAAGAGCACCACCACCACCACAGACAGACAUGGGAGGCAUGCAGGACAUGGAUCCAACUUGGUAUGUGGGUCAGAUCACCCGUGGUGAUGCAGAGAGCUGUCUGAGAAGAGUUAACAGGGAUGGGACGUUCCUUGUGCGAGACAGCUCAAAUCGAUCCUCUAACCAGCCUUACACACUCGUGGUCCUGUACCAGGACAAAGUUUACAAUAUUCAGAUCCGCAGAUUCCAAAAUGGCUUCAUGCUAGGCACUGGGAUGAAAUCCUCAGAGACUUUUGAGCGGGUCGGCGACAUUAUCAACCAGCACAAACACACGCCACUCCUUCUUAUUGAUGCUAAGAACCGGGUAUCAAGCCAACAGAACCAGUGUGCUCUGAUUUAUCCUGCUGGAUAUUAAACAUUUAUUCUACAAGACUAAUUUACAGUAACUACUUUUGCCUUUUUUUGUUUUAUGUUUUUUUUUCCAACUCAACGCAAUUCAUAACUGUCAUAAUCUCUCAGGUGUAUGUAAAAAUAUCUCUCUUGUGGUCUGUAAAACAUUGUAAAGUUUUUAAAUGCAUGGCUGCACAUUGCAUAAGACUGAAUAUAUGUUCAUAUUAUAAACAAAAAGAGUAGCCUACUUUAUCACUAUUUUGAUCACUGUUUCUCAAACUAAUCAGUCUUGUCUCUUUUUAUUUGAAUUUUUCCAUUAUAUCCUAUUAAAAUAUUUAGGCCUAUUAUGUUAAAUUUGUGUGAUCAUGAAAUAUGACAUGUAGCCUAUAUUGACAAGACAAUAAAGAUUAUAAUUCUGCAAGGAACGGUA